AUGAGCACCGCCAAUGGAUACGGCACUGCUGGGCCAGGCGCCAACCAGAACCUCGCCCGCCGUGUCGUGCACAAUGCAUCCGACGAGGAGCAACCGCUGCUGAACGGAGCCCAUGCACCGCGGCGGAGCUCAAAGUCGCUCACCUCGCGACUGCGCAAGGCUGCCAGCGCAGAGGUCAAGCGCGACUGGGCCGACGUGGUGCUCAUCUUCUGCUACAUCAUCACCGGCAUGCUGGACAGCUCAGCCAUCUCGGACUGGGGUUCUUUCGUCUCGAUGCAGACAGGAAACACCGUCUACAUCGGCCUCGGCCUGGCAGCGCCAAGCGAGAGCACCAGGUGGAUCAAGUCGGGCACGUCGCUGGGCUUCUUCUGCAUCGGGUCCUUCUUCUUCAGCCGCUUCCACCGGCACUUCUCGCCCAAGAAGCGCGCGACGCUGAUCGCCUCCUUCACGCUGCAGGCGAUCCUGUGCAUCGCGGCGGCGUCCAUCGUGACCUUUGGCCCCGCGCAGGGCGCCAACGGGAACAAGGAGGCCAUCACGUGGGACGUGCUGGUGCCCAUCGCGCUCGUCGCCUUCCAGGCCUGCGGCCAGGCCGUCACCAGCCGCGCCCUCAAGUACAACGCCCUCACCAGCGUCGUGCUCACCAGCAUCUACUGCGACCUCUUCAGCGACGCCGAGCUCUUCCGCGCCGACAACCCCGAGCGCAACCGCAGGGUCGGCGCGCCCUCCAUGCUGCUCGUCGGCGCCAUCCUCGGCGGCCUGUUUGCGCACUCGCGGUUCGGCAUCGCGGGCGCCAUGUGGACUGCUAGUGUCAUGAAGGUGCUCGUCGUGAUCGUGUGGCUGAUCUGGCCCGGUGAGGAGACCGAGGAGGACUGA